GAAACGUUGACGAUCGGAUGCAAGUCAGUAGUAGUACAGAACGAUGUCGAGCGUGGCACGGGCUCCUAGCUAUGGCUCGGUGACUUCGUCCGACCUAACCAGCAGUGCGCAUGAGCAUGCAGCGACGAAGUCGACUGACGUGACCAGUCGCACCCGCCCUCCGCUUCACCAGAACCGGUUCAGCUUUACGCGGUCCCCUGUGCCGAGCAACCACGGUCAACCGACGACGGACAUAAACGCCAACAACCCAUUCGUGGCGUUAACGCCGUGGUCGGAGGUUUCCACGUACGAAGUGUGCAAGAUGGUCCUCAUGUGCAUCUUCCUCGUCCCGGUGCUUCGCGUGGCGUUGUGUGUGCUGCUGUUCGUCCCCAUCGUGGUUCUGGCCACGAUCAGCACGGCAGGACACCGCCCGUUCAACGAACAUGGCGCGCCGGUUCCAUUGGCUCGCUGGCGUCGCGUCGUAGGCGUCCCCAUCAAGUGGCUCAUCCGAUGCGUGUUGUUCGUGCUGGGGUACUACUACAUCCCCGUGACAAAGCCAGCGCAAACCAGCCAGGUCAAACCCAGAGUCAUUGUGGCCAAUCACAGCACGUACAUUGACGGCAUCUUCCUCGCUGCGUACACCCACGGCAGUGUGGCCAUGAUGAAGGAAGUGGCCGACUUGCCGUUGAUUGGGCCCGUGAUUCGAUCCCUGGACCCGAUCUUGAUUGAGCGGCGGUCCGAACUCGGGCGGAAGAAGGCGCUGGACGACAUCCACGAGCACAUGGUCAACCAAGCCUUUCCGCCGCUCGUGAUCUUUCCCCAAGGGAUGACCUGCAGCCAGCAAUUCAUCACCAAGUUCAAGAAGGGUGCAUUCGCCGAAGGGUUGCCCGUCCAGCCAGUGCUGCUGCGGUACCCGUACAAACAUCUGGAUAUUAGCUGGUUCCCCAGUGUGAAUGUGAUUCCGCUGUUCUUUCGCCACUUGUGCCAGUUCCGCAUGUAUUUGGAAGUGACGUUCCUUGAGCCGUAUGUCCCGACAUCUGAAGAAGCCAAGAACCCAGACUUGUACGCAGAGAACGUUCGUCAAGCGAUGGCCGCCGCGCUGCCGGCUAAAUGCACCAACCACUCCUUUGAAGACGUUCGUCUGCUGCUUCAAGCUGGAGUUGGGGAGUACGCUCGCCAGCAUAUUAUCAACCACACCACGGUUGGCGAAGUGUACAAAUUGAUGCAUCUAUCCCAUGACGAAAUUGAAAGCCUCGUGCGUCACUUUGCCUCUAUCGAUACGGAUCACGACGGUCGCAUCAGCUUGACCGACCUGCAAACUCUCUUUGACGAGUGUCCGUUAUUUGUCCAGCGGCUAUUUGAUUUGCUAGACGCUGACCAGAACGGCCGCAUCGAUUUUCGGGAGUUGUGCAUUGGGUUAUCGUCGCUAAACCAACCCAAAAAGGACGAUAGUCCCGCCGAAGAGUACCGAGAUCGCCUCGCUCGGUUUGUGUUUACAUUGUACGACGCAGACAACAGCGGCCUUUUAAGUCGACUGGAAUUGGUGGCCAUGCUCAAGCAGCUGCGGUCGACUUCAGGACUUUACGACGACCAAACAGCACUGGACCAGCUCGUGGCUGCGUUUGACGAAGAUUUGGACGGGGCGUUCUCCGUGCAUGAGUUUAUCCGACUCACAGAACAUCACCCGGAAUUGCUUGAUCAAGUCGUGGAGCGACUAGCAGUGUUCAAGUCGGCGACUGGAGGCAAAGCGUAAGAAAUGACUACUAGACUAACAAUAAAGAUGGUUCGUGUUG